GAGCCUGCGCACUGCGCAGAGCCCCUCCCCCUACAGACAACCAGAGCAAAGCUCCACAGCCUCAGAUCCUAGCAUCUCUCAGUGAUGCUAGCUGGGCAUCCUAAACCUUGGGCAGUGAAGGGUGGAGCUGGAGUCUGAGCUGUAGGGUCAAGUGGUACCCAGGAGAAUGAAGCAGGCCCUCGUGGACGACACUGAAGAUGUGUCCCUGGACUUUGGCAAUGAAGAGGAGCUGGCCUUUAGGAAGGCCAAGAUCAGAAUCUCAUCCAGGCACCCCCUGGCCACCUUCUUCCACCUGUUCUUCCGAGUGAGCGCCAUCGUCACCUAUGUGUGCUGUGACUGGUUCAGCAGGAGCUUCGCCGGCUGCUUUGUCACCGUGCUUCUCCUUCUGUCCUUUGACUUCUGGUCUGUGAAGAAUGUAACUGGAAGACUCAUGGUGGGUCUUCGAUGGUGGAACCAGAUAGAUGAGGAUGGAAAAAGCCACUGGAUAUUUGAAGCCAGAAAGGUCUCUCCAAACCACGGUGCGGCCACUGAGGCAGAGGCACGCAUCUUCUGGCUUGGCCUCAUCAUCUGCCCGGUGAUCUGGACCCUCUUCUUCUUCAGCACCCUGUUCUCCUUAAAGCUCAAGUGGCUGGCUCUUGUGAUCACAGGAAUUUCCCUCCAAGCCGCCAAUCUCUACGGAUACAUCCUUUGUAAGAUGGGGGGUGAGGGCGACAUCAGCACAGUUGCAGCCAGCUUUCUGUCCCAGACGGUGUUCCAGACGGCUUCCCCAGGUGACUUUGAGAAGCCCAGGCUGGAGGGGCGGGACAUCCACCAGCGUUAGGUGACUUCCUGCCAGGAGAUGUCCCAAACACUUACUGUGAAUAAUACUUCUGUAGGCUGCUGUGGCUGGUGAAUCCGGGGCUUCAACAAAGAAAGACUGGCCUUUGUCACAGCUCUUACCUUAAAGAGACAGAGAAAAUGAGACCCUUGUGAAAGCCUCAGUCUUUGUGCCUGCUGUGGCAUGGCUGCCUGGGGCUCCCCACUCAAGGAAAGCAAAGCUGGGGAACACAACAGAGGCCUUAGCUGUGUCCCCAUCCCCAGCAAUCCUCACUUCUACUUUGCUGUUGCCGCAAGUCAGUUGGGUAGCAUGUGGCAAAUGCAGAUUCCAGACCCAAAGAACCGUCUCUGCUGCUCUGGAUGGGCCGAGUCUGCAUUAGAGACCCACUAACCAGCAGCCCAGGAAAAAGAGAAUACAGUGAAAGGAAUCAGUUAGGGCUUUCAACAGAGACAAUGAGCAUGUGUGGCAAAACCUCAAGGACUAAGGAAGGAAAUGCAGGCAGAGUGAAUGGAGCAUCUCUCCAGAAACACACACGCCAAUGUGAAACACACACAGCCUCUCCUGCUUAGAGGAACAGGCCCUACAGUGCACACACUCUGCCCACAGCUUUCUGCCCGUAUCAUUUCAUCUUUAUGGUCACCCACACUGGGGUGAAUCAGUCAGCUAGCGCUACACACACACACACACUCACACGCAAUCAUCCUGAGAACCAUCAGUCAGCUAGCCCUACACACACACACACACACACACACACACACACACACACACACACACACACACACAAUCAUCCUGAGAACCAUAUGUAACCCAGGGGAGAUACAGCUCUUUGGUUGUGAAACUCCCUCAUGUCCAGGUCCCUAUGCUGCUACCUGCUGCUACACCAAGCCCUGCUCAAACAUCCAGUCCUGUCUCUCCCACACCUGGGUGCACAUACACCCCACCUGCAGCUGAGCCCAGUGUGGUCAGAGUCUUCCCUCUUAGACCCAGGCCGGGCACAGCUCCACCCACAGGCACUUACACUCACACAAGCUCCACUAUUAUCUUGGAUACCACAAUCUGUGGGGAUGUUGAGCCCCUGUCUGUCUCCUCUUCCUUAUACAAGCAGAUAUCCUGGGCGAGCCUGGGAUGUAGAUGGAUGGACACCCCUUCCUCAGUUCUGAAGGCACUCAGAGUGCAAAUGUCAGGAUCCUACAAUACCCAGCAUGAUCCCCAACAGCACGUCAGUGUGCACUGCAGGGGCACGGAAUGGGCUGUUUCAGUGUCUGCUAGUGACCAAGGGGCCCUGCAUCCUUGGAGAUGGACCUGAGGUACCUGCCCAGGCCUUCCUGCUUCUCUCCCGUGGCUGCAACCUCUGAGGAACUCUGUGGGUCCAGCGCUGGCCCAGCACUGCUGAGCAAGCAGCACAGGCCAUUCAGACUCACCUAUGAGUGGGUCCAGCGGCACUCUGCCCAGAAGAGGGAUCUUCAGGUCCUGGCACAUGGCCUCUGCACCCCCGGUUGUGGGAGGGAAGAUCUGAGACUCUUUCUGUGACACAUAAAGAGGAGGAAGUUUUAUUUUGCUUCUGUAUUAUAGGACACACUGGUUUUCAGAUAUUUUAAAACUUAUUUUGGAUGUCAAACUCCAAAGCAUCUUCACUCAGGCAGAAGAGGGCUUGAUGAACCCCUUCCUUCCUGACACAGCAGGGAAAGCAGAAACCUGGAGAACCAUCCCCACUGUUUCCCCACUAGAUCAAGGGUGUGCAGUGGGCCCCCCUCCCCCGGAUCCCUCACCUUGCACUUAGGGCAGAUGAAACCGCUCAUGUUCUCCACCACACCGAUAAUGGGCAGCUUCACCUUGUGGCAGAAGCUGAUCUCUUUCCGGACAUCCUGGAGGGCCACCUCCUGGCAAAGUUCACAGAGCAGUUAACCCACUGCCACAGGGCACUAAGGGAUGGCCGAGACACCCCGGUUACACCACCAGAGUGCUAGGGAGCAUGACCAUGGCUUGGCACUCGCUCACCUGAGGGGUGGUGAGGAUCACCGCCCCAUCAAUGUGUGCCGCAGCCAGAUACUGGACGACUGAGAGGUGUUCAUCGGAUGUGCCGGGUGGGGUGUCUAUGAUGAGGUAGUCAACAUCUCCCCAGUCUACAUCACGAAGGAACUGCUUGAUCAUGCCUGGAAGGGGGCGAGGCUGAGUGUGUAACCUCCUUCUGGCACACACUUCCAGUCUGCAUGAGCAUUCCUACACUCCAUAGUGAGGGCCCUCAACAAGUGCUUCCAUUGUCCCCAGGGGCCAGGUGAGAUCUGCAGACAGGUUGGGUGGCCAUGGUGAGGUCAGGGCGCUAUUAUCAUUAUAUUAUAUAUGGCACAUACAUGUUGCCCCAAUAGACUCAUGUGGCCAAAGUGUCCAGAAUGAGUUUACCCCAGCCAUGCUUUCUGCAUGACCUUGUUCCCCCCACACUGACUCAGCAAGGGGGUUUCACUUCACACUUCCCUCCUUGACACAAACCAGCCAUGUGAGAGCACACUACAAGUGAUUCCCGGGUCCUGCAAGUCUCAAGAGCAGAAGAGCUCACAGCAGGUACUAAAGUGUCUACACUGAAAACUGGCAUGUCUCAUACCACAUCAGAGCACUCAUAUGCAGGAGGUCCUGGGAUCCAUCCCCAGUACCAACGUAAUAGCAUUAAACACCACAGAGCCCAUGCAUGCAGUCUCCCUGACAGAAAGGAUGCAAGCAGAACCAAGAAUUUGAGCCAGAGGAACAGAGUGACAAACCAUUUUUCUUUGGUCCCCUCCAGAUGACAGCAUCAUCAGGACUGCUGAGCAGGAAACCCACAGACAUCACCCCCAGAUUGUCCUCCACAUACUGCAGAGAGAAUGGGGAUAAUGGGGAGAAACAUGUCUGCUUGUGGGAACAGGGGCACAACAUAUCUACUUCCCAGGGAAUUUGGUUAAAAAAAAUUCAGGAUAAAGGCAUCAUGUGCCUCACACCUACGCUUGCUCUUUGUAGCUUUAAGGUGGCCAUGGUGAGAUCUACAAGAGGUUAUGUGUGGCGUGUGCCUCAAUGACAGGUCAAUGAAGCUAAAACAAACACCAUCUCCUCAGGUGUCCUAACUGAGGACCCCCAAAUCCGGUCUUGGAGGAGAGGUUUGACUGGGACACACUGUGGUCAUUCAGAUGCACAAUGCCACUUCGGAGCCAGAGAGCACAGGUCCAUCGGCCCCAUUACAGACAAGGCCUGCAGUCUCUGAUCUUACCUGCAUGCUUGGAAAACAGCCUCAGUAAACGUUCAAGUUGAGCAAUGUUUUUGCCACCUCUAAUAGUACAUCAGAUAUACCUGACUCACACACCCUGCCUCCCCAGCAAGGCUAACUUACCACUGGAGACCAGCCAGAGCCACUCUGGUGAACCUGUGGGAACACGACAGUCAUUCUUGUCACUGUGCACUCUGGUCACGUAGUCACUGAUAAAGUGUCCAAAGAGAAUGGUUCCAUAUAGAUUCACCACCCUGUACUGCACCACCCAAUAAAAAAGGUUUUAAAAUUA